AAAUUUUAUAUAGUGUCUCGGCAUGAAAAGGACCGAAAAGAACACACGUAAGCCGAGACGCCACACGCUGGGCUGUGAAGUUAUCACGCACACCACUAAGCCUUGACAAGUUAGACUAGUUUGAAGAGGCUGGCAUCGCCUCAAUCCUCUCAGGUUCCGCCAGGUGGAACGUCCACCAUGAUGAUUAUCGUUAUCCAAUAGGUGGUGCUAUCUAAACGAUCCCCCUCUGCCUGCUCCGACAAAAUAUUAUAAAAGUGACAAUGGAGGAGGACAUACCCUGUCACGUCUAUUCCCGCAUCGAGCCCGAUGAAUUCCGUGUCAUCAGGAUUGUGGAGGUACAACCUCAGGUUAAGUUCAGCCUGCAGACAUUCUCCAUUUAUGAGGCCCCCGCGUAUGAAGCCCUGUCGUACGCAUGGGGUAACUCGCCGGAGUUGGAAGAUAGUGUCUGUAACGGUGCGCGUUUCCGCAUCUCCCAUACACUGGGUCAAGCGCUGCGCGGAAUCCACGCACAUUCUGGCGGGGGGUGGAUAUGGGUGGAUGCUAUAUGCAUUAAUCAAAGCGACGCAGAGGAAAAGGCACACCAGGUCGCGGGGAUGGGAGAGCUCUAUUCCUGUGCAGACCAAGUUCUGAUCUGGCUAGGAGAUGCCACUGAUGAGAGCGAUAUGGCGUGUUCGCUGUUGCCCGAACUUACGGAAAAGAUCUGGGCGCUGAAAGAGAGCACAGGAUGGAAACCGCUAACCACAGACGAGAUCGUAACGCAAGGCCUUCCACAUCCUGAUGAUCAGCUCUGGCGCGCCGUUCUGCUGCUCUACAGUCGGCCCUGGUUUCAGCGACUCUGGAUUGUUCAGGAAGUCGUUUUGGCGCCCCAGUGUGUUUUUCUAUGCGGUGCGCAGCAGGUCGAAUGGCAUGUUGUGGUGAAUUUUGCAAUUGCCGCGUCAAAAUCCUUUUUCGUCAGCAAUAUCGCUGGCUUGCACGUGGAUGCGAUGGGUGAGGAUCAGGUAAGCCGGUCGACGAAUGGGAUCAAACUCAUCCGGAGCUCACGCCGUUUGAAAGAUGGGUUGGAGGAAGCCGAAAAGGAGAUCGAGGGGCUUUAUGCAACGAUGGACAUCAUGCAGAGCCAGGGCGCCUCCGUGAAGGUAGACUAUGUCUAUGCAGUUCGCGACAUGCUGCCAGACGCCAUGCGUCAAAAGGUGGUGGUGGACUACUCCGAUGAGGCUAAGCAGAAUUACGGCAUCGUUCACGCAAGGUUUUUCCGCCAAUGCUUGGAGAGGGUCAGAGAUUGGCCAUCGUUGCGCUUUCCUCCAACAACGACCCAUGCAAAUAUCCCUUCAUGGUGCCCGCCUUGGGGCAGUGGCUGGAAUUACCGCUAUCUGCCCGUCGUGGGUUGUAAAGCUGGAAGACCGGCUGCAACGUCUCUCCCAUCGACCUCUGGUAACCUGUCGCUUACGGCCAACAGCGGUGAUGAAGGGAUCCUGUGUAUUGCUGGCUUGUUUGUGGAUACAAUCCAAGAUAUCGUUCCCCUCAGCCAGGUGUUUGGCGAGAGCUCAAACGUUUUUCAUGCACAUCGAAUCUUGAGAGCUCUGAAGGAUUGCUUGGCUUACAUUCCCCACCAUGCCCACAGUCACCAACGCCUCCUUGGUGUUCUAAUUGGCCAGUGUGGCUGGCUCGAAUCACCCGAAUUCUCUGGGCGUCCGGACGGUGAUGUUCUAGGCAGUUUUAUCGCAUUCCUAGAGCUCACUGCAAACGAAAAGCAUGAAGAUGGGGCUGAUCCACUCCCUGUCAACCUAAACACGGCGGAAUACUUUCUUGACGAGCAUCGGUUCUGGCGGGGCUAUCUCAACCUCAUCAUCAUUCGAUGGCCAGGCAGAAGCUUUGCGUUUACCAACAACGGCCGUAUGGCUAUAGUGCCAUGUGACACCAAACCCGGAGACACUGUGUGCGUCUUUCUGGGAGCAACUCUUCCGCAGGUUGUAUCUCGGCACGAAGAUGGCGUACACAGCCGAUAUGUGGGGCCCAGUGUUGUCGAUGGCAUAAUGCAAGGAGAGGUCUUUGACACUAUGGGGGAGUGGAUGAAGAAUAAGGAGACGAUCCGUUUGAGAUAGCAUCUAGCAGCUGUCCGUCCUGGUGGCCGGUUACGCAUGGUGCAAUGCAUUGUGUUAUCCCUCUCAGACUUUGUAAGCUGUUAUAGUAUUUAUGUAAAUUGGCGAGUUCGGGUUGAAAGAAGAAGACUCACGCAGGCCAUGAUUGCACCCUGCCUACCCCUAUACAUGGCUUUCCAUAGCCUACCAAUGUCGCAUGAAACCUGCCAUGCAUCUUUGCAAAUAAAAGCCAUCGAGACUAGUAGGGUUAAACCAUUCCAUUUCAGAUACUCGGUUUAGC